AUGACUCCGACUGCAAGCCCGAACCAUCUUCGAAAGCACAUUUCCCCCGAGCGCCUUACUUUGGGCGACGACGCCGGCCGCAAAUCGGUGUCGGCAAGAAUUCGGGACGCUCCCGCUUCUCCUGUCAGAGUGAACUUUCAAGCCGAGAACUGGGCCCAGCCAUCCAAUGCCAACAUUGAACUGGCACAACCCUACCAAGCAGAGUUUUCUACAGUUGAUCGUUCCCGAGAAUACAACGCCCCUACCCCUCCUUCGCAUACCUCGGGCUACGACCAGGCUGGACGACAAAUGCAAAGCCAUGACAGAAAUAAGCUGCCCCCCCUCAAAACGUCGAAUUCCUACACUGCCGAAUCCGAUUACCUGAGCCCAGCGAGCUCUCUCACUCCCAACCAAAAUGGUCACGAUCAGGGCUACAUGUCGAAGCGGGGGACUCGGGGGUCGGAUAGCUUUAGUGCCCACAGCGCAACAAGAGCUCAAGAUGCCAACCGCCACAGUCGGGAAUCGAACACCACCACCUCGAGCAACGCCCAACAGCAGGCAUCAGCGCAGUCCUCUGCGACGACAAGCGCGAGCUCUGUCUCUGGCGUCAACGAGUCAUCCGAAUACAAAGAUGAGUCUCCCGAGAGCUCGAUAAUGGAGGGCAACAUGCCAGAGAACAAUUCUGUCCCAAUGUUUCAAUACUAUCACCAUCAGGAGUUCCCUCCUCAGCGUGUCUCUAGUGUUCCUCAGGAGCUUGACGCUCGUCGUUCCUCUUCGAACCCAAGCCUCAACGCUGACGGGACCCCCGUCAACCGUCAUCUGACGCCUACCGGGUUUACCAGAAGGACCUCUAUGCCCCGACCUUCAUCGGCCUACUCUGCCAUCUCGGAUUAUGCCCCCAGAGGACGAUCCCCAAAUCUGAUGCCUGGGGGAUCACAUAUGCGGACGCCAUCAGGCACUCGCAGGUCCCCGGAAACGAGACCAGCAUCAUACGCAGAGCUAUUGAACGUGCCGUACCCUCAGCCAGCACCUGCCCCGAUCAGCUUUGACAACAACCAGUUGCGCAAUGCCGUUGGUAACAAUGCCUCCCUCCUCGGAGCCCAAAAGACACUGGAAAUGUAUCGCCAAAACGUCAAGAAGACCAACGACUUCUCCAUCCAGUACUCUUUUGCCGUUUUCCUCAUCUCUACCGCUCAAGAACAAGGCCUGGACCCUAGUGAGCCGGCACCUCGCAAGGCAAACUCUAGCCCAAAGAACUCCGCAUCAUCGACUCCCUACGACCUCCUGCGAGAGGCUAAGGGUAUACUCCAGAAGCUGGCCAGCGGCGGGUACCCCUUUGCCCAAUACUACCUCGCAGAUGGAUACGCCUCUGGUCUGUUUAGCAAAGGAAAGGAGGACUAUAACCAAGCAUUCCCCCUCUUCGUUCUCGCCGCAAAGCAUGGUCAUGCCGAGUCUGCUUACCGCACGGCGCUAUGCUACGAGUUCGGUUGGGGUUGCCGCAAAGAUCCUGCUAAGGCUGUCCAGUUCCUCCGCAUGUCUGCGUCGAAGCGUCAUCCGGGCGCAAUGUCCCGACUAGGCAAGGCCUGUCUCUCAGGGGAUUUAGGAGAGAAGCGGUAUCGCGAGGGCAUCAAAUGGAUGAAGCUUGCAGCAGAGGCUGCUGAUGCUGUCUACAGCGCAGCUCCGUAUCAGCUAGCCUGCCUGUACGAGACGGGGUACGGCGACGACAUCUUCAAGGACGAGGUUUACGCGGCAGAGCUUUUCACCGCCGCGGCAGAACUUGGCCACCCAGAAGCCAACUUCCGCAUGGGCGAGGCAUAUGAGCAUGGAAAGCUCAGCUGUCCUCGCGAUCCGGCACUAAGCGUGCACUUCUACACUGGUGCUGCUGAGCGAGGACAUGCCGGAGCUAUGAUGGGCCUCUGUGCAUGGUACAUGGUCGGUGCAGAACCGAUUUUGGAAAAAGACGAGGAAGAAGCUUACGAGUGGGCUCGCCGUUCAGCUGAGAUGGGUUUCGUCAAGGCCCAGUACGCUGUGGGCUACUUCACAGAGAUGGGUAUCGGCUGUCGGCGUGACAUCUUGGAGGCCAACGUCUGGUAUGUCAAGGCUGCGGACGCAGGCGACGAGCGCGCGAAGCAGCGAUUGGCAAUUAUCCAGGCAGCUGUCAGCGGCGGCACCCCGAUGGAAGUGGCCCCUCCCCGUAGUGCAAAAAUCAAGAAGGGCGGCGAAGAGAAGGAUAAGGACAAGGAUUGCAUUGUGAUGUGA